CUGGUGCAAGCCCCCCAGCCCCACCCCUCCCCAUGCAGCCCUGGCAGUGCCUCCGGCGCUUUGCCCUGGCCUGGUGGGAGAGGACAGCGGAGGGCAGCGCCCGAUCUUCCAGGGAGGAGGCUGGACCGAGGGACCCCGGGGGCCGAGGGGAGCCAGAUCCGGAGCGGAGCAGCCCCCCCAUGCUCUCUGCAGACGAUGCCGAGUACCCUCGGGAGUACCGGACCCUGGGGGGCGGGGGCGGGGGCGGGGGCAGCGGGGGCCGGCGCUUCUCCAACGUGGGGCUGGUGCACACGUCGGAGCGGCGGCACACGGUGAUCGCGGCGCAGAGCCUGGAGGCGCUCAGCGGGCUCCAGAAGGCCGAUGCUGACCGCAAGCGCGAUGCCUUCAUGGACCACCUGAAGAGCAAGUACCCCCAGCACGCCCUAGCCCUGCGGAGUCAGCAGGACAGGAUGCGGGAGCAGGUUGGCGGCUGGACCGUGGACCCCGUGUGCCUCCUCAGCUCCCUCUGCUCCCACCUCCAUGGCGACUCCGCCCCCUCCGGGGCUGGCCAGCCGGCCCAGCAGCCAAACUACUGGAGUUUCAAGACCCGCAGCUCGCGCCACACUCAGGGAGCCCAGCCUGGGCUGGCAGACCAGGCGGCCAAGCUGUCAUACGCCUCGGCUGAGUCACUGGAGACCAUGUCGGAGGCGGAGCUGCCCCUGGGCUUCAGUAGGAUGAACCGCUUCCGACAGAGCCUGCCCCUCUCCCGCUCAACCAGCCAGACCAAGCUGCGCUCACCAGGGGUGCUGUUCCUGCAGUUCGGGGAGGAGACUCGGCGCGUGCACAUCACGCACGAGGUCAGCAGCCUGGACACGCUGCACGCACUCAUCGCGCACAUGUUCCCGCAGAAGCUCACCAUGGGCAUGCUGAAGUCGCCCAACACAGCCAUCCUCAUCAAGGACGAGGCUCGCAACGUCUUCUACGAGUUGGAGGACGUCCGGGACAUCCAGGACCGCAGUAUUAUCAAGAUCUAUAGGAAGGAGCCACUCUACGCCGCUUUCCCUGGCUCACACCUCACCAACGGGGACCUCCGGAGAGAGAUGGUGUAUGCGUCGCGGGAGUCGUCGCCCACGCGGCGCCUCAACAACCUGUCGCCGGCGCCGCACCUGGCCUCCGGUUCGCCGCCGCCGGGGCUACCGUCGGGGUUGCCGUCGGGCUCGCCGUCGCGCUCGCGCCUCUCGUACGCCGGGGGGCGCCCGCCCUCCUACGCCGGCAGCCCCGUGCACCACGCGGCCGAGCGGCUGGGAAGCGCCCCCGCCGCCCCGGGCGUUAGCCCGAGCCCCAGCGCCAUCCUGGAGCGGCGCGACGUGAAGCCGGAUGAGGACCUGGCGGGCAAGGCGGGCGGCAUGGUGCUGGUGAAGGGCGAGGGCCUCUACGCCGACCCCUACGGGCUGCUCCACGAGGGCCGCCUGAGCCUGGCCGCGGCCGCCGGCGACCCAUUCGCCUACCCGGGCGCCGGUGGCCUGUACAAGCGCGGCUCGGUGCGCUCACUCAGCACCUACUCGGCCGCCGCGCUGCAGUCCGACCUGGAGGACUCGCUGUACAAGGCGGCGGCCGGAGGCGGCCCGCUCUACGGCGACGGCUACGGCUUCCGCCUGCCGCCCUCGUCGCCGCAGAAGCUGGCCGACGUGGCUGCGCCCCCCGGGGGCCCCCCGCCGCCGCACAGCCCCUACUCGGGGCCGCCCAGCCGCGGCUCGCCGGUGCGCCAGUCCUUCCGCAAGGACUCAGGCUCCUCGUCGGUCUUCGCCGAGAGCCCCGGAGGCAAGACCCGCAGCACCGGGGGCUCCUCGACGGCUGGAGCCCCCCCUCCCGAGCUCUUCCCCGGGCCUGGGGAACGCCCGCUCGUUGGGUUCGGGCCGCCUGUGCCAGCCAAGGACACGGAGACCAGGGAGCGCAUGGAGGCCAUGGAGAAGCAAAUUGCCAGCCUCACCGGCCUGGUGCAGAGUGCCCUACUGCGAGGUUCGGAGCCAGAGACCCCCAGUGAGAAGAUCGAAGGCUCCAAUGGAGCAGCCACCCCCUCAGCACCCUGCGGGUCAGGCAGCCGGAGCAGCGGGGCCACCCCAGUGUCCGGCCCUCCCCCGCCCUCGGCCAGCAGCACGCCUGCGGGGCAGCCCACUGCCAUCAACCGUUUGCAGAUGCAGCUACACCUGCGUGGCCUGCAGAACAGCACCAAUGACCUGCGCAGCCAGCUUCAGCAAUUGCGGAAGCUCCAGCUACAGAACCUGGAGUCUUUGCGCGCGCUGCUGAAGGGCACGGAGGCGGAGCUGAGCAUGCGCGUGUCGGAGGCGGCGCGGCGGCAGGAGGACCCGCUGCAGCGGCAGCGCACCCUAGUGGAGGAGGAGCGGCUGCGCUACCUCAACGACGAGGAGCUCAUUACCCAGCAGCUCAAUGACCUGGAGAAGUCGGUGGAGAAGAUCCAGAGGGACGUGUCCCACAACCACCGACUGGUGCCUGGGCCCGAGCUGGAAGAGAAGGCGCUGGUGCUGAAGCAGCUCGGGGAGACGCUGACUGAACUCAAGGCUCACUUCCCAGGCCUGCAGAGCAAGAUGCGGGUAGUGCUGCGUGUGGAGGUGGAGGCAGUGAAGUUCCUGAAGGAGGAGCCACAGCGCCUGGAUGGGCUACUCAAGCGCUGCCGUGGGGUCACAGACACGCUGGCCCAGAUCCGAAGGCAAGUGGACGAAGGUACGUGGCCACCCCCCAGCAACCUCCUGAAUCAGUCCCCCAAGAAGGUGACAGCCGAGACUGACUUCAACAAGAGCUUAGACUUUGAAAUGCCACCCCCCAGCCCUCCACUGAAGCUCCACGAGAUGAGCGGGCCAACCGAGGGGGCCCCUCCGACCCCGAAGGCGGGCAACCCCACCAAAGGCCUGGACACUCCUGGCAAGAGAAGCGUGGACAAGGCUGUGUCUGUUGAGGCUGCCGAGCGGGACUGGGAGGAGAAGCGGGCAGCCCUGACCCAAUACAGCGCCAAGGACAUCAACCGGCUUCUGGAGGAGACACAGGCAGAGCUGCUGAAGGCCAUCCCUGACCUGGACUGUGGGAGCAAGGCCCACCCUGGCCCAGCCCCCACCCCUGACCACAAGCCCCCCAAGAUGCCCCACGGCCAGAAGGCAACCCCCCGAACGGAGCCCAGUGGAAGGAGAGGCUCAGAUGAGCUGACAGUGCCCCGAUACCGCACGGAGAAGCCCUCCAAGUCGCCCCCGCCGCCCCCUCCCCGCCGGAGCUUCCCCUCCUCCCAUGGCCUGACCACCACGCGCACUGGAGAGGUCGUGGUCACCAGCAAGAAGGACUCGGCCUUCAUCAAGAAGGCCGAGUCUGAGGAGCUGGAGGUGCAGAAGCCCCAAGUGAAGCUGCGCCGAGCCGUGUCCGAGGUGGCCCGCCCGGCCUCCACACCCCCCAUCAUGGCCUCUGCCAUCAAGGAUGAGGACGAUGAGGACCGCAUCAUCGCAGAGCUGGAGGUGUUUGAGAGAAGCUCAGUGUCUCCCCUCCCCCCCACGCCCUGCCGCCAGCCGAUCCCCACCUUGCUGUUCCCCCAGGACCCGGGGCCUCCUGGGGGCUCAGCCCCGGGCCCCACAUGGAAGAGUGGCGGUGGCAGUGUGCCGCCCAUGAAGGUGGUGACUCCGGGGACCUCUCGGCUGAAGGCGGCCCAGGGCCAGGCAGGCAGCCCCGACAAAGGCAAGCAUGGCAAACAGAGGGCCGAGUACAUGAGGAUCCAGGCCCAGCAGCAGGCCACUAAACCGUCUAAAGAGAUGAGCGGGUCGAAUGAGACCUCAAGCCCAGUCUCAGAAAAGCCCUCGGCUUCCAGAACCUCCAUUCCCGUAUUGACUUCCUUUGGGGCGAGGAAUUCUUCCAUCUCCUUCUAGAAACUCCCUUACCCCCCACCCCCGCCUGCCCCCUCCCUCAUCCCUGCCAUUUCUCUCCUCGGCUUCCCUUCAUCUCCACCCCACCCCGACACCAUUCUCCAGACCCCCCGAAGGUGGCCCGUCCUCAGCUCUCUCUGCCCAUCCCCUGUUGGUGUUUUUGGUUUUUUUAAUGAUUCACUUUUAAUUAUCUUUUUUUUAAAAAAAAAGAAAAAAAAGAAAAAGCAAACCAGUAAAACUAAAAACCAAAACAUGACACCUUCCCUUGAUUUCCUCUUCCAGAAUGGCACACUUCCUGUCAUCAUGCCUCCUUUUCUCUUUCCCCACUUUCCCUCCCAAGCCCAUCCUGAAGUACCUGCACCCCUGCCCCCCCACUCCCCGUCUCCCACACACUCCUCCCAAAAGCACUCCAAGCAAACUCUGCGCCGUGGAGGCUUGGAGCAGACAGACACCCCCUCUCCCCUUCCUCGGAAGCCUGCCUGGAGGAAAACCUGGACAUUGGACCAACCCCAAAAUCAGGCUGGAAAAUGGGACGUAGGGAGACUUUGGCCCUGGAGGCGCCCCACCUGUCCAGCCUCAGGAUGUGACUCAACACUGCUGCUUCUCUGCUCCCGUCCACUCACGCCUGGGUGGGCCUGGAGUCGAGACAGACGGGCUGGAGAGGGAGGCCAGAGGUGGAGGGGCCUCAGGGUGGUGUGAGGCCGUGGAAUCUGUGUGUCCUCGGAGAGGAGCUGGCUUCCCGGGACCACCUUCCUGUGGUGCGGAGCGGCCUGGCUGGCACCGAUCGGAGGAAGGGGCACCUCUGGACUGCUGGCUGUGGGUGGUGGGUUGAGCAGACAGCCUGACACUGGGGACACUGCCCUUGGAGAGGGCAGCCCCGAGGAGGGGUAUUUGGUACUUUUAGUUUCCUAAUUUAGCACUUUAAAUGGCAUUAACUUAUUUAACGGGGGUGGGGUGGGCAAGAAUGAAGGGCCUAUAGCAAAUUAGAUUUUGAGGCCUCGAGGGUGGGGAGGGUCUGGUGUGAGGGAAGUGGGGGGAAUAGAGGGGGGCUUCAUGGGGGGCAGCGAGGACAGCUCUGACCCCACAGGUGGGGUGACUUGACCUUCAACCAUCCUCUUUGAGAUCUGAGGGUUUUCAGGGAAGGACUGGGGACCCCUGGUGAGAUCCUCGAGGGUCCCUGAAGCCUGACCAGCCAGCCAUCACCACCCCCAGCCUGUGGGCGCCUGCUUUGCAGAGGCUGUGGGCAGUGAGGCUUGCUUUUAGCGGGGUCCUGAGAAGGAGCGGGAGAGACCAGUUUUGGCUCUUAGCCCCGCUCCCCCCAGGGCACAGUGAGGGGCCAGAAGGGAGAGUUAUGUGGUUGGGGGAGGAGGAGGAAGAUGGAGUGGGGUCCCCAGGGAGCAGGAUUCCUAUUUGGAGCACAAAGUGGGGUAAGCACAGGGGAGGGGGCGUUGGGAUUAGUCUCCCCGAGUAAGCACAGAAAGAAGGAGCCAUCGAAGGGGCAGAAGCUCCUAGACCCUGGAGCCUGGCGUUUGGGGAGAGCCAGGGGGAG